AGCCGCCAUUCCUGCUUACCAAAAUUAAAAUAUUUCUUCUCUCUUACCAAUUUUGAAGCUGCAAAGUCCUUACAGAACUCAUUCUCGAGCUUUGCAUCCCAAUUUUGAGCACGUUGGAGUAGCAAGUGGUGGCGAUGGCGAGCAACGACGAUGCAUACCUUGCAUACGAAGAAUGCAACUGCUCGGAAAGGACUCUGCCUGCUGGGAACGCUGGAAGGGCAGUGAAGGUCGGUAAGGGUUCAAGAUCAAUGUCGUUUGCAACACCAAUUUGCCGUAGUGAUCGGUUGAGAAACGUGAGAUGGAGGAUUGAAAGAAUCAAUAAGCCUGUGCGCAUGGAGAUUGAUGAUGAUAGUGACAGCUCCUUGGAUGAUCAGGAAAGUGAAGAUGGCAAUAAUGGAAUGGAUGUUGAAGAUGAGGGAGAUGAGGAUGGAGCUUCUAAGGAUGAAGAAGGAUCUAAUGAUGCUCUUGAGACUGAUAAUGAUGCACCUGUAGCAUCUGAUGAUGGUGGUGAGACUGAUAAUGAUGCAGAUGAGGAUGAUGAAGCUGAUACAAAGGGGGACACAGGAAGUGAACAUAGCAAUGCUAUUGAAGUCUGCCACAUGCCUAUUAAAAGUGCAGGAGAGAGGAAAAGGAGAGUCAAAUUGGCAGAUAUCAAGGCUCCAUAUCCUAGGUUGAAGUCAAGGUCAUUGCCACACCUGAUUACUAAAACUAUGAAGCAGCUGAACGAUUUGCAGGAGGAAGAGGUAGAGAGAAUUGGAUUUGGUUCAAUCUUGGGAAUAAAUAUUCUAAAACUGCCUGGAAGAUUAGGUUACUGGCUCGUGAAGAAUUUUGAUGCUCGGAGGAGUAGUUUGGUGCUGCCGGAUGGUACGAAGUUGCACAUGACAGCCUCUGAUGUGCAUUCUGUACUUGGUUUGCCGUAUGGUGGGGUCAAGAUUGAGAAUAACAAGAGCAACAGGGACACUGGUUUAUUGAAAGAGUGGAGGAUGAAGUUUGGGAAGUGUAAUAACAGAAUAACCCCAACGGAGUUGGCUGAUGAGAUGCUUGAAUGUAAGGAGGGAGGUGAAUGGUUUGUUACACAUUUUGUGUUGUUAGUGAUGUCGCUUUUGGUUGAUGGUACGUCACAUGGUUAUGUUAACAGUUUGGUCCUUGACCACUUGAGAGAUGUGGGCAGAGUGAAAAGGUUAAAUUGGUCACACUAUUUGCUAGAAAAGUUGAUCGACAACAAGAUGAAGUGGGAGAAGAGUCUUGGGAAGUAUUUUUCUGGGUCAUUCGUUUUGUUGCUGCAAUAAAGGGGUGGAUGGGUAAAGAGCUUAGAGAGAGAGAUAAUAAAGAGGUGGCAAUGCAGACUCUGUUCCAAAAAAAAGAUGCAAAGAGGUGACAAUGCAAUAUAUAUAUACAUUCGUUGGAUUGGGUGCAUCGGAUGGCCAAGAUUCAACAAUGCAUUUAAUACAUCAAUGAAUUUAAUUUUGUAAA